AUGUCACAGAAGCGGCAGCAGGAGGGCAAUUCCACGGAUGAUACCCGUCCUCGAAAAACCCCUUCUUUUAAAAGUGUGGUACUGGAGGUAAUGAACUUGCAGAAAUUGCAACAUCUUAUGGAACCAGUUCUGGAGCCCUUGAUUCGCAGAGUUGUGAAAGAGGAAGUUGACUCAGCAUUAAAGAAGUAUUUGGUCAGCAUGAACAGGAAUUGUGGGAAAGAUUUACAUCCUUCUGAAUCAAGGAGUUUGCAGUUAUGUUUCUUAAAUACUAUAUCCCUUCCAGUAUUUACCGGAAGCCGUAUUGAAGGAGAAGAAUGUAGCGAUCUGAAAGUAGCUUUAGUUGAUGAUCUUACAGGAGAAGUUGUUUCCAGUGGUCCAGAAUGCUCUGCGAAGGUAGAAAUCAUAGUUCUUGAGGGAGAUUUUGAUGGUGAUGAUGGAGACAAUUGGAAGCUUGAAGAAUUUAAGAAUAAUGUUGUAAGAGAGCGGGAAGGCAGGAGACCCCUUUUAAGUGGGGAUACAAUUUUGACUCUUCGAGAUGGCGAGGGUUCAGUGGGCGAUAUUUUGUUUACAGAUAACUCAAGCUGGACAAGAAGUCGUAAAUUCAGGCUAGGGGCCAGAGUUGUGGACAACUUCGAUGGAAUCAGAAUAAGAGAAGCAAAAUCAGAUUCCUUUGUUGUCAGGGAUCACCGUGGAGAAUUGUACAAGAAGCACCACCCUCCAUUUCUUUCGGAUGAAGUAUGGAGGCUGGAAAAAAUUGGCAAAGAUGGAGCUUUUCACAAACGCUUGAGAAAGGAAAGAGUAAACACUGUUCGAGACUUUUUGACUUUACUCUUCCUAGACCCAGAAAGGCUUCGAAAUAUUCUUGGUACAGGUAUGCCUGCUAAAAUGUGGGAAGCUACAGUGGAACAUGCUCGGACAUGUGUUCUUGAUAAGAAAUUGUAUUUGUACAAUGCUUCUGGAUCUCAGCAGAAGAAUGGUGUUGUUUUCAACGUUGUAGGACAAGUGCUGGGGCAGUUCUUGGGCUGCCAGUAUAUUGCCGCUGAUAAGCUGUCUGAAGCAGAAAAGGCUGAUGCACGUAACCUGGUAAUAUCUGCAUAUAGAGAUUGGGAGAAAGUUAUUACUUUUGAUGAUGAGCCCUCUCUCAUGGAUGCCAUAAUGUGUUCGUCCACUUUUCUGUCUUCUUCGAAUCUACUGCCAGAGAGUUCUUGUAAGAUUGACAGACGUGUGUAUUCACAACAAAACCCCUCUUCACCGGAUAUUACACAAUCAGUUUAUUCACUUGGAGGCUUGAGUUGCUUGGACGAUUACUUUCAUGGUUUUGAGCAACCUUUGGGUUUUCCUUGUGAAGUUGCAAACACCUUAACAUGCGAUGCAGAUUCCAUGGCUCGAGCAUCCUCUGCAAAUGAGCAUUUGAUGUAUCUCAAUGCAGGUUCUUCACGUCAGAAUUCAAUAAAAGAAUCAUCAAAUGAUCCAAAUACAUGCGUUUGUGCCGUUGAGACACUCACCGGAACCCCUGCCUUCACCACUAUACAGAUUCGCCGCCCUUCCGGUAGCUUCCAUGGCGUCCUCAACAUUGUUGCCACAGUUUAUGAUUCGUCUGACUUCGUGAUCCUGAAGAAAACCCCUGUUGUUAGUUUCCGCGAUAUGAUGGGGGAGGAAAAGCGUGAGCCGAAGCCGCGCCGGAGCAAAAUCAGCCACGAUGGAUCCAAGCGGAGUGAGAGUCAUCUGGGGGUGAAUCUUGCGAUCUCUCCUCGUUGGAUCUAUUGA